UCCCCCUUCCUUUCCUUCUUGCUCCCUUCCGUCCUUCCUUCCGCCGGGCGCAAUGGAUUCGAGGCGAGGAGCAGCCGCGGCGCUGCUGGCACUCCUGUGCGCGGGCUGUGCGCUGCGCGGCGGGCGCGCCCAGUACGAGCGCUACAGCUUCCGCAGCUUCCCGCGGGACGAGCUGAUGCCUCUCGAGUCGGCCUACCGACACGCACUGGACCAAUACAGCGGCGAACACUGGGCCGAGAGCGUGGGCUACCUGGAGAUCAGUCUGCGGCUGCACCGCCUACUGCGGGACAGCGAGGCCUUCUGCCACCUCAACUGCAGCACGGCGCCCGAGCCCGAGCCGGAGUCCGCCGCUGGACUCGCCCGCUACCCCGAGCUGCGCCUCUUCGGGGGCCUGCUCCGCCGCGCGCACUGCCUCAAGCGCUGCAAGCAGGGACUCCCAGCGUUCCGCCAGUCACAGCCCAGCCGCGACGUGCUGGCUGACUUCCAGCGCCGGGAGCCGUACAAGUUCUUGCAGUUCGCCUACUUCAAGGCAAAUAAUCUUCCGAAAGCCAUUGCAGCUGCACACACCUUUCUACUGAAGCAUCCUGAUGACGAGAUGAUGAAGAGAAACAUGGCAUAUUACAAGAGCUUGCCUGAUGCUGAGGACUACAUUAAAGACUUGGAAACCAAGUCAUAUGAGAGCCUGUUUAUCCGAGCGGUGCGGGCGUACAAUGGGGAGAACUGGAGGACUUCUGUCACAGACAUGGAGCUGGCCCUUCCUGACUUCUUCAAAACCUUUUAUGGGUGUCUCGCAGCCUGUGAAGGCUCCAGGGAAAUCAAAGACUUCAAGGAUUUCUAUCUCUCCAUAGCAGAUCAUUACGUAGAAGUUCUGGAAUGCAAAAUACAAUGUGAAGAAAACCUCACACCGGUUAUAGGAGGCUAUCCUGUUGAGAAAUUUGUGGCUACCAUGUAUCAUUAUUUGCAAUUUGCUUAUUAUAAGUUGAACGACCUGAAGAACGCAGCCCCCUGUGCCAUCAGCUACCUGCUCUUUGACCAGAACGACAAGGUCAUGAAGCAGAACCUGGUCUAUUACCAGUACCAUCGGGAGAAGUGGGGCCUCUCAGACGAGCAUUUCCAGCCCAGGCCAGAAGCAGUUCAGUUCUUUAAUGUGACCACACUCCAGAAUGAGCUGUACGACUUUGCUAAGGAAAACAUCAUGGAUGAUGAUGAGGGAGACGUUGUGGAGUACGUGGAUGAUCUUUUGGAGAUAGAGGAGACCAGCUAGUCUGCAGCAACCAAGGAGACUUCCCUUGAUGUUCAGGAAACACGGGGCAUUCUUUGUCCUCUGUUUCCCAAUGGCCCAGGUUUUGGAUACCUCAGAGCCUUCCCUUGCUUGACUCUGUGAAGUGGAAGGGAAGCCCCCAUCUCUC